CUUGAAUCUUGAUGGAACUAGUGGGUCCCAGUGUCAUCAUACCCACCAAUGUAAAAUACAAAGAAAUUAAAACAAAUAAUAUGAGCCUGCUCAUUUCAAUAAUGGUGUAAGAAUAAUAAUAUAAAGUAAAAUAAAUAACACACAGAAAACAAUAAUAAUAAUGAUAAAUAAAUGGUGGGCCGUUGUAUAUAUCAAUCAUUGAUCAUCUCACAGAAAACUCCAAACUUCCAAGAAAAACCAGUGGGCUCAAAGUCUCUCUACCUUUCUCUUCUUCACUCAGAUUCUUUCCUAUAAGCUUGCGUUCUUCCGUUUCUAGUUUUCAUCUCUCUCUAUAUCUCAGUUCUCUCUCAGAGUUACUCUUACUUUGCUUCUUGAUCAUGAUACUAAGCAAGAGACCUCAUCUAAUGAUCCGAAAACUAUCCGAGAUGUUGGUUCCAAGAAGCCGGUCUGCUCUCAAACCGGAAGAUCACUCAGCGAGUCCAAGAAGUCCGUUAGAUUUGAAGUUUCCAUCACCGGUUAACUCAAAACGUUACGGUUCAGGUGGUGUCGGUUUAGGUAUCGUUGCUGCGUUGGAGGAAAGUAACAUUGGUAUUAACCGGUACGAUCCGGUUUGCUUCUCCGGGAGAUUUCGGUGCCCUGAGAUUGAUCUGUCGGAGGAGGAAUACACUUACGUGACGAGCCGUGACGGGACGACGAAAGUGUAUUAUAACGACGACGGGUUUGAAUUGUUUGAAAACCGGUCGGGGUACGAUGUUGGGAGAAGGCAUAAUAAACCGAUGGUUGAACCACCGGUUAUUAAGAGACAGGUUUUUAGGAAUGAUCCGACAGAGUUUCUGAGCUCGUGUUGCUUGUGUAAGAAGAGACUUCAAGGCAAAGACAUUUACAUGUACAAAGGAGAGAUGGGAUUCUGUAGUGCAGAGUGUAGAUCAGUGCAGAUAAUGAACGACGAGAGAAAUGAGCAAUCUAAAACGCAAGUUUCGAGAAACGUCGACGUUUUGAGCUCUCCUUAUGCCGGUGAACAGAGUUUCCCCGCCGGGAUAUUCGUAUUUUAGGAUAGCAUAAUAAUUUAUUUAUAUAAAAAAAAAUCAAAAGAGUGAUCAUCAUUCUAUUUUGCGUAAAAGAAAAAAAGUAAGAAAAGAAGAAAAUGAAAAAUUUUGGUUAGGUUAAAAGCAACUUGUAUAGAAGCUUUGCUUUUGGUUUUGAUUUUUGAAUAAACGAUUAAUGUUUAUAUGUUUGGUUUCUGAAUCAAAUAAAUCAAUAAAAAGGCUAGAAAUGAUUUUACAGUAUAUUUUUAUCCAAUAUAUUUUUAUCAAGUGAAUGAAAGAAACGCUUGUAUAAAUUACUUAUCCUUUUACCAGUCAUUUGUGUAUAGAUAUAUCCAAAUUACAACUACCUUUAAUCAAAAUGUAAUGAUGUAUAUAAAAUUAUAAAUCCUUCAUUUUCAUCUAAAACUCCAAACUUGAAUAAUUCAUAAUUCCAACUCAAAAUAUCAAUGAAAAAUUAAUAUCACUGUCAGCUUCAAGGUUAAUGACGAAACCAGCGUUGAAUGUAAAAUAAAGACUUAGCAAAGAAAAUAAAAAGUUAAAAUAAAGACCUAACACAAAGCUAAGUGCAAUCAAUCCAUGUGGCCCCUUGGAUGUGCAACUUGCUGUAUCUGGGCCCGUUGUCAAAAACUAAAACAAAUGAUUUGAUGAAACGUUCAGCUAUUUCGAUAAGAUCAAGUCCGGGCCCGCUUCUGCCCGUUGUUCGUUCAGACAUUUUGUUCAAAACGAACCAAAAGCCAUGACCAGCCUGAACUUCCAUCACCAAGCCUGGUCUUAUCUAUCUACUUCCAAUCUUUCACCACCUUAUUGGAUAUUUUAGUAAGUUUAUCUUCUUUUUUGUAAAAAUUUUAGUAAGUUAAACUUGUACAUCUGAAAUGUUUUUACUACUGAGCUUUUGUAUUUCUUUUUACCAAGAUAAUUUCUUCAUUUUUGUUUGUUUGUAAUUGUCAAAUCUA